AUGGCGCCGCCAUGUCGAAAGUUUUUAUCCCUGGAGGAUAAAGCUCGGAUCCUGGCCGAAGUCGAAAGUGGAGAGAAGAAAGGUGACGUUGCAAAGAAGUUUGGGAUUUCUCCCAGUUCGCUGUCCACCACCUUGAAGUCAAAAGAAGCAAUAGCGCAAGCUCUUGCUUCAGGCACAUCAGCCAAGCGGAAGAAGCCGACGCCGUCGGCGCACGAAGACCUCGACAAGGCCAUGUACACGUGGUUUGUCGAGACGAGGGCGAAAAACAUACCCAUCAGUGGAAACGCCGUGCAGCAGAAGGCCCUGAAUUACGCUUGCCUGCUGGGGAUUGAUGAUUUCAAGGCGAGCACAGGCUGGCUCAGCAGAUUCAAGGCCCGCCAUGACAUUGUCGGCAAGACGCUCUCUGGCGAGUCGGCAUCGGCAGACACAGGCAGCGCAUCCGCCUGGAUCUCCACAAACGUUUCGGCGUUGUUGAAAGACUAUGCGAAGUGUGACAUCUACAACGCUGACGAGACAGGCCUGUUUUACGAGAUGCUGCCGUCUAAAACCCUCGAAAUGAAAGGUCAGCGUUGCCACGGUGGGAAACACAGUAAGAAGCGCGUGACCGUGCUGCUGUGCGCCAAUGCGGACGGAUCCGACAAGCGCCCACCGCUAGUCAUUGGGAAGAGUGCAAGGCCCCGUUGCUUUAAAAUAGGAGCCUUCCCGUAA